AUGGGGACAGCGGAGAGGGGGAGGAGUACAAAUCCCCGGCGGCAGAACCUGGUGGCAGAGGCCGUUUUGAGCGGCUCCACGGUGCAGGAAGCCAACGGGGAGGAAAAGCCCCGGAGAUCCCUCACGAGGAGGGGCUGCAAACGCAGAUCCCAGGGAUCUGAGGGGGAAAGAGCCAGCCUGGGCCGGAAAGGCGGCCGGAGAUGGAGCCAGAGCUCGGAGCUGGUGCUGCAUGAGCAGGUCUGUGAUGGGGAGAAGCCCCACACGUGUGGGGAGUGUGGGAAGAGCUUCAGGGACAGCUCCACCCUGAUCCAGCACCAGAGGAGCCACACUGGGGAGAAGCCCUACGAGUGUGAGGAGUGUGGGGAGAAUUUCCGCCACCAUUCACUCCUGAGGAGGCAUCAGAGCACCCACACUGGGGAGAGGCCCUACGAGUGUUCCAAGUGUGGGAAGGGGUUUGCGACCGGCUCCAGUCUCCUCCAGCACCAUCAGUGUCACACAGAGGAGAGGCCCUUCCAAUGCCCCGAGUGUGGGAAGGGGUUCAAGGAGAACUCUAAACUCAUCGUCCACCAGUACACCCACACUGGAGAGAGGCCCUACCAGUGUGAUAAAUGCAAGAAGAGGUUUAAGACCAGGUCCUGUCUCCUCCAGCACUUUUGGACUCACACAGAGGAGAAGCCCUUCUGCUGCCCUGAGUGUGGGAAGGGAUUCAAUUACAACUCCACCCUCAUCACCCACCGGCGCAUCCACACCGGGGAGAAGCCCUUUGAAUGUCCCCAUUGUGGGAAGAGCUUCUCCAGCAGAGCAAAUUUCACUCAACACCAACAGAGGCACCGGUAAGGGAAGUCCUGAGAGUGGGAAGAGUGUGGGAAGAGCUUCGUGCGCUGCUCCAGGUCCAUCCCUCACUGCAGGAACCACUUUGGGCACAGCCCUGGUCACCCACAUUCCCUGUGAUCCAUGCUGGGAACACUCCUGGCUUCUUCUCCUUUUGUUUUGCCCUUAAUUUCCUUUUUCUUCAUCUUCAUCCCAUGAAAACACCCAAAACUUGUUUAAUUGAAGGCGAUUGAAUGAAUAUUUCAAAUUUCCAUUAUUUCCCUGGUGUUUUAGUGGGAAUUCAGCAUUUGCAGACACAUUUUGUGUUGAGUGCCCCUGUUGCUAAGAGGCAGCAAUUUGAUCUCACCCUUCUUGUUUUGCUAAGAUCUCCUCCCCUUUCCCAAAUCCCAACUCCACCUUGGGAUACUUUAUAAAAACCCCACAGCCCUGCUUUUUUUCUUUUUCUUGGGUCAUUAAUGGAAUUCUGGAUCUUUCU